CUUCUUCUUCUUCCUUCAAUUGCGCGUGCUGCGCUCGCACGUAUUUUUAUUUUGUACACACGCUUUUUUGUGAUUGUAAUUGCGUUUCGCCGCCAUGAGCAGCACACAACAGAAAACGCUGCAGUUCCACGAACUGGAGCUGGACCAGCGUAUUCUCAAGGCAAUAGCUGCACUUGGCUGGUCGCAGCCCACGCUUAUCCAGUCGACGGCGAUUCCGCUGCUGCUGGAGGGCAAGGAUGUGGUGGUCAGGGCACGCACAGGUUCGGGCAAGACGGCGGCAUAUGCACUGCCGCUAAUACAGAAGAUUCUCAACUCGAAGCUGAAUGCGAGUGAGCAGUGCGUUAGCGCUUUGGUUCUGGCGCCCACCAAAGAGUUGUGCCGACAGUCGCGACAGGUGAUCGAACAGCUGGCCGAGUCGUGUGGCAAGGUGGUGCGUGUGGCGGACAUUGCGGGCAGCACUAAUGAUGUGGCCACCCAACGGCACGCGCUCGCUGAGCGUCCCGAUAUUGUCAUCUCGACGCCAGCGAAAAUAUUAGCACAUGCAGAGGCGGGCAAGAAUGUGGUGGACUUGAGGCACAUUGAGACGCUGGUGGUUGACGAGGCGGAUCUGAUCUUUGCCUUUGGCUACGAGCAAGACUUUAAGCGUCUGAUCAAACAUCUGCCGGCCAUCUAUCAGGCGGUGCUCGUCUCGGCGACCAUUUCGGAUGAUGUGGUGCGCAUGAAGGGUUUGUGUCUGCACGAUGCCAUCACCCUGAAGCUGGAGGAGCCCGACUUGGUGUCGCUCGAGCAGCUCACGCAUCAGCGCAUUCUCGCCGAGGAGAACGACAAGCCAGCGAUUUUGGUGGCACUACUAAAGCUCACACUCAUCCAAGGCAAAAGCAUCAUCUUUGUGAACAACGUGGAUCGCUGCUACAAGGUUCGCCUGUUUCUGGAACAGUUUGGCAUCCGUGUCUGCGUGUUGAACUCGGAGCUGCCGGCAAACAUUCGCAUACACACGAUCAGUCAGUUUAAUCGCGGCAGCUACGACAUCAUCAUUGCCUCCGACGAGCACAUGCUGGAGAAGCCAGGCGGCAGCAAUAAGCGCAAGGCGAACGCAAAGUCCAAGUCGAAGAAGGGCGACAUCGAGUCGAGCGCAUCGCGUGGCAUCGAUUUCCAGGGUGUCAACAAUGUGAUCAACUUUGAUUUUCCCUGCGAUGUUACCUCGUACAUUCAUCGUGCCGGACGCACAGCGCGUGGCAACAACAAGGGCUCCGUGCUCUCCUUUGUGAGCGUCAAGGAGUUGCCCCUCAACGAGGCUGUCGAACAGAAGCUGCGCCGUUGCUUCGCCCGCGAAACGUUGCCCAAGUGGGAUGAUGCGCCGGCCAAAAGUAAACCGAUUACCAAUCCCAAUGGGGAGGAGACGACGUUGUCGAAGGCGGACACCAAGCUGGUGGAGCAAUUGCGUCGCAACUAUGUGGAGCGACCCAAGAAGGUGGACAGCAACGAUAUGAUCAAACUUUAUCAAUUCAAGCUGGAGGAGGUGGAGGCGUUCAGGUAUCGUGCCCAGGAUUGUUGGCGUGCUGCAACUCGCGUCGCUGUCCACGACACUCGGCUGAAGGAGAUCAAAACGGAGAUCCUGAACAGCGAGAAGCUCAAGGGAUUUUUCGAGGAGAACAAACGUGAUCUGCAGGCGCUGCGACACGACAAACCGACGCGCACCAUCAAACAGCAGUCGCAUCUCAGCCACGUGCCCGAUUACAUCCUCCCCAAGGCGCUGAAGCGUGUUGCGGUCAAUCCACGACCAACUGGAGCCGGUUCGUCUGCCAAACAGCCCCGCAUGUCCGCCGGCAAGGCGGCGUUUCAACGCCAGAGCAAUGAUCCCUUGAUGGUCAGCGAAGUCGACUACGGCAAACGACGCAAUUUCACACAGCGCAAGAAGAAGACCAAGUGAGCAAGUGAACAUGCAACAUGGAAAAGCUCUUUAUCUGCCUUGAUGUUGAUCCUAGUUAAGAUUAUUAUGCGUAGUCUGUAAGUGAGCUGUGAGAGCUGUCGACUCCUAUUCAGCGAUGUCUUUUACUACUUUUCAAAUAAAACGUAACGUUGACAACUCGA